AUGGCUGAGACCAGCAUGAUCUCACCAUCUGCUACAUUUUCAACUUCUGUAAUGCCUUCAAUUACAACAACAAUGGCACCCCCAAACAUGCUAGAAACAUUAACCAUUAAGACCAAUUUCUCACCAUCAUCAGCGGACACUGUCUCACCAUACAGGACUACUAAGAUCACCAUCAUUCCACCAUUAACUACAGAACAUAGUGGGAUUCCAACUCAGUUAAAUAGAACCCGUGAGUCACCACCUACAAUGAUUGAGAGCCGAUCUCUCUCACCAUCCGUUGCUACAGAGAUCAGCACACAGUUUUCAGCCACCAUGAUAUCAAAAUCUACAAUACAAAUGAUGAGCACAAGCCUGCCAAACAUAACAACUACUCGUAGUAUUAACUUCUCAUUUUCCCCUGCUGCAGUUUCAACCAAUGUGACGCCAGCUACUACAACAGAUGAGGAGACUUUGACCACUUUAAACACAUCUUUAAAGAACACUAAGUUGCCACCUACAGUUCCUGUGACCCCCGUUAUUUCACUAGCGAUAACUAAUACAACCAAUGCUAUAUCACCAACCAGUAUAACACCAACAACUACAACAACAAUGGCACCCCCAAACAUGCUAGAAACAUUAACCAUUAAGACCAAUUUCUCACCAUCAUCAGCGGACACUGUCUCACCAUACAGGACUACUAAGAUCACCAUCAUUCCACCAUUAACUACAGAACAUAGUGGGAUUCCAACUCAGUUAAAUAGAACCCGUGAGUCACCACCUACAAUGAUUGAGAGCCGAUCUCUCUCACCAUCCGUUGCUACAGAGAUCAGCACACAGUUUUCAGCCACCAUGAUAUCAAAAUCUACAAUACAAAUGAUGAGCACAAGCCUGCCAAACAUAACAACUACUCGUAGUAUUAACUUCUCAUUUUCCCCUGCUGCAGUUUCAACCAAUGUGACGCCAGCUACUACAACACAUGAGGAGACUUUGACCACUUUAAACACAUCUUUAAAGAACACUAAGUUGCCACCUACAGUUCCUGUGACCCCCGUUAUUUCACUAACGAUAACUAAUACAACCAAUGCUAUAUCACCAACCAGUAUAACACCAACAACUACAACAACAAUGGCGGCUGAAAAAACAAAAAUGAUCACAAUUAUUUCACCACUUAUUACUAGUGAGACCACCAUUUUCUUUCCAUUUAGUUUAAAUUACACCAAAACUACAUUUCCAACGACUGAAGCACCACGUAUGACAGAAAAGGUUAUCACAACUAUUAAUUCUAUUACACCCUUGUCAGCUACCGUAGUGCCAGCCACUUUGAUACAAACUACAAAUCACAAGUUGACUUUAGCACCCUCGAAUACAAGUACUGAGACCACUUUAUCACCAAGUACAACAACUAAAACUACUUAUGUUUUACAAUCUACCACUGCGGAGACCACCAUCAUCCCACCAUCAAAUACAACGCAUGCAGCAUUUUCAACCUUGUUAAAUACAACUAAGUCACUGCUUCCAACGACCGUGAUCACCACUUUCUCACCACCUACAGUUCUUGGCACAACUGCUACAUCACCAAAUGCUGUGGCAUCAAUAACUACAAUACAUACCCCAAUUACAACUUUACAGAUAUCACAAGAGCUAAACACAUUGACUUCUAAAGCCAGUGUGUUAGGAUUGCCAUCUACAAACGUUCCAGCCAUUGUGACGCCAACUUCAUCCAACCAAAAUGCUACUUCUUCUGCCAAAACAAUCAGUGCAUUAAAAACUAACAUAACACCUCUAACAACAGCAAGUGAUACAAGCAUAUCAUCACUGCCAACUGCUACACCUGAUAAGGUGACCUUAUCCUUACCAACUGCAACAGCCACCAAGGCUGUAACUCCAGGAGCCAUCGCAACGUUUACCAAUAUAACCGAGGAAGAAACUCAUUCUAAUUACCCUGAAAUCACUCCAAGUGUCCCAACUGACAUUAAACCCAGUUCAGACAAAACCAAAAGUAGGUGA